AUGUCACCAUCAACAGGCAUUACUCAACAUGUGUCCAAUAUUGUAAAAUUAAAUCGACUUUUAAUCUUGACAGCUAUUAUUAUUGCUUGCUGUUCGUGUAUUCAUUCAAAACCAAUCGACCUCGAUCGAUUAGAAGAACAUCAACUUAUCAAUAAUUAUUAUCCAACUAUCUUAUCUCGAUAUCAUUCGGAUUUUGUUCAACGAGCAGCACCACGUCUUGGCCGUGCUUCACCUCGGCUGGGUCGUGCAGCACCACGUCUUGGUCGACAUGCUGUUGAUAUAAUGCGUUCACGAUUAAAUCAUGUUGGUCAAUAUUAUAAUGCAAAUGAUGAUGCAACAAACGAAUAUCCAUAUGAUAUCGAUUCAUCGAUAGAAGAACGACGAGCAGCACCACGACUUGGACGUGCGAUUAAACUUGAUCAACAUCAAGUAUAUGCUUGA